GUGAGAAGAUAAGCACAGAGAUGUGACCGUCGUCGUAAGAGUUGUAGAGACUAGAGUGUUUUUGCAUCUUCUGCUGCUGCUGAUAGGCCUCUAAUCACCGCAGCUUUCGAUUACUUCUGGAGUAGAUCGACAGCCUAUCACCAGGUAGUCACUUGACAAGCCUGUUCGAAGAAAGUGAGAGUUCAGUACGCGCUUGAAUCGGGAAGAAAAAUGUCGCAAAACUUUUUCAAUUCCACGCGUAAGAUCAUUGGCGCUGGCGUAAACUACAAAGAAAUCCUGAAGCUGACGAAUGCUGCCAAACCGGACAAUCCGGUGAUAUUCUUCAAGCCGAUCUCAUCGCUGAUUUCGACCGACGAGGACACCAUCAAGGUCCCCAAGGUGUUCGGCGCCAUCAACUACGAAGCCGAACUGGGCGUGGUCAUCGGCAAGAAGUGCAGCAAUGUCAGCCCGGAUCAGGCCAUGAGCUACGUGGCCGGAUACUGUCUGGCACUGGACAUGACCGGUAUGGACUUCAUUGUGGACGCCCGGCCCAAGGGACUGCCUUGGUGUUUGGGAAAGGGAUUCGAUACGUCAACCCCUGUGAGUAGACUGGUUGCACCGGAAGAGUUGGGAGACCCGAAUGACGUACGCGUGUGGUGCAAGGUGAACGAAGAGCUCAAACAGGACGACCGGACGAGUAAUUUGAUAUUUACGAUCCCCGAGCUGAUUGCCUACACGUCCAAAUACAUGACCCUGGAGGAGAACGAUUUGAUUCUGACUGGGACACCUGCCGGAGCAGGACCCGUUCGCGAUGGGGACGUCCUCGAGUGUGGCCUUGGUGAUAUUGUCCAAAUGAAAUUCAACGUCAAAGAUGAGUGAGGUUCCACCGAAUUUGUUACGACGGCGACGACGACGGAUGCCAUAUAUUUACUACAAAAGGGUAUCGUGGUUAGACCACUACUGGGUUCUUGUUAUGCAUUUAGCCUAUUUCACUGUUAUGUUUGUCUCUUGUAUGAUCAGAUUUUUUAAAUAACACAUAAGUUUUAUAUCACAAUCAAAGUUUCUUUAGGAAGGUACUACAUA